AGCCCAGGCCCCAGAGGCAGGCAGGAUGAGGAAAUUUGUUCCUUCCCAUGUUUGUUUAUUCCCAGCUCACUUCUCUGUACAAAAUCCAUGGACUGAAGCCCAGUUCGAAAAGGCGUUGAUAAGUAUAUACCCAAGUAAAGCUAACAAAAUCGGGGCUUCUUGUGUAACAAAAUGUGUGAUACUGUUAUCGAAAGUCAGUAGUACUAUCUACAGUUCCCUCGCUCUGGAUGUCUAUGUCUAUGUCAAUGUUCCUGGCUUCAAGAUUCUUUCUUCUGUGCAUGGCUGUUUCGUUAAGUGUUCAAGCUAUUUCAAAAAAGAACAUGCCAUUCCUAGGAGAAAGAGAUCGUUGCAAAGUGCAACGAUUACGAAAGGUAGAAUUGGGAAGGAGAACGAGCUUGUUCCAUGAAGAACAAGCAAGGUGGAAGCUUGGAAUGGGCGUCCCAUCACUUGAAAAACAUGUUCAUCAGCGCACAUCCAAAUUUUGCUGGAAUCAACAAGCUAUGGUUGAGAACAUCUUCAGUUCGAUCCAUAAAGUUUUCAGGCACAAUCAAAAUUUUGUUUCUGGAGUUUCACAGGCAAAGCGAGGAAGCACAGGAGGCCCUACUUGAAGUAGUGGAGGCAUCCAUAUAUGGGCGAUGUGGACUUGGAAAAUGGGUUGUAGCAAUAACUCAUCUAUCUUAUUGUUGAAGAUGGUGAUGAUGGAUAAUCAUGAUAAUAAAAAUUAGGCCAAACGACUAUUUCCCACCCAAGGUUUGAUAU